AUGGAUCAUCGCAUGUGUGGAAGAUUUAGUACAUUGAGAAACUUUUUGCCCGAUGAAUUAAACAAAAAUACAAGUUUUCAAUUUCAUAAUAAUGGGAAUAUUAAGAAUUAUUGCCCUAAUGGAGAUUCAGGGGAAAAGGAAUGUAAGACUGAGCUCGAUAAAAUAAAUGCUGCAUGUCUAUGGUUGCUCGAGCAAACUAUUGUUAAUAGGAUUAAUGAUUUAAGUAAAGAUCAACCUAAUGUAUUUAUUAUAUACAUUAUGAUAUGGUUAAGUCAUAUGUUAAAACUAAAGAACGUUAAUGGCAUCAACAACCUAAAAGAUUUUUAUACAAACUAUAUAGAAAAUAAUACGCAUUAUACUAAUUGUAAAAAAGGUGAUAAUGAUUGUAGUAGUUCAUUAAAAGAUAAAUUUGGAUAUAAUAAUUUUAAGGAGUUUAUAAAAGAAAACGAAUGCUUUAUGAGUAUUAGUAUUACAGAAAUGUCUAAAUAUUAUAAUGCAUUUAAAUUAUUAUGUGAAAUGUAUACUGAAGGUAAUACAGACGAAUCAAGUUGCACGAAAAGUUUGGAACAUGCUAAAGAAUUUGUUGAAAAAUAUAAAGAGCUUAGUGAAGAUUCUAGUAUUGCUGAAAACAGUUCAUGUAGUCAAAUAUUGUCUAGUUUAUCAACUGAUUAUAAUAAUUUAAAAAAAAAAUGUAAUGAACUUGGAUGUAACGAUUUUCCACUCCUUCAAGAGAUAAAAACAACACAAGAUCAUGUAAAAAGUUCUAAAGAUAACUCUGAACAAAUUUAUGGACAAAGUUCUGAAGCUACAUCAUCAAGUUCGUCGAUAACAAACAAAUUAAUUCCAGUUUUAUCGACAUUUGCUGCAAUACCAAUAUUCUUGGGAAUUUUUUAUAAGUAUUCGUUAUUUGGAUUUAGGAAACGACCUCAAAAACAGCAUUUAAGAGAAAAGCUAAAAAAAUAA